CGAGGGCAGGGCCCGCCACCACGGGGGGGAGCUGGGCAGGGAUGGCUGCGCGCGGCCGCGCGCCCUCUUGAGGCCUUGCCAGCGCCGCGGUGGCAGCCCUGGCCGUCGGCGCUCCGGUGCCCCGCGUGGCGCUCCUGGGAGAUGCCUCGCAGGGGCCGCCGUCGCGGGGACAGCGACCGCGGCGGCGGCGGCCCGCCGGAGUACGAGGACGAGGGCGGCGCUGCCAAGGCCUCCCUGUCGGCGCAGGACGGCGAGGCGGGAGGAACUGCACGAACGAAGGUUUUCGAGAAGACUAAGAUGUGCAAGUUCUUCAUCCUGGGCUGCUGCACGCGAGGAGACGCGUGCCAGUUCGCCCACGACAAGGAGCACCUGGCGAAUUUGCCGGACUUGUUUCGCACGAAGCUGUGCCGCUCACUCAUCAACACAGGCCGCUGCGACAACGAGGACUGUCGGUACGCGCACAGCAAGGAGGAGCUGCGUGUCGUACCAGGUUUCUCAGGCACCAUUGGCAACCCGAAGAUCGCAAGCGACGAGGUGCGGCGCCAG